AUGGGAAGUGCGGCAGUCCCGAGUUUUGUAACAAGGGAAACAGACGAUUGCAAGAAUGCAAAAGGUCCUGAUGGAAAAAAGCUACGAUAUGGUAUUGGCUUUAUCACUUUCCUGACUGCACAAAAUCCAUUAGGAUUUAAUAUUUCACUUAAUGCCCGUCCAUUAGCAAUGUCGUUUUCAUUUGGGAAUGCAUCGGCAAUGGCGAAAAGAGCACGAGCAGCUGGUAUAAAAGUAUUUUCACAAGUGCAAAGGGUGGAAGAUGCUGUGGCAGCUCUAGAAUACAGUGACGCUAUAAUCUGUCAAGGACAAGAAGCUGGUGGUCAUGGUGAAAUUGGUCUAUCCACAUCUACUAUAUUUAAACAGGUGCAGAAGAAACUGAAACAACUCAAGAGCAAUAUUCCACUCCUUGCAGCUGGUGGGUUCGGUGAUGAACAUGGAGUGGUCAAAGCAUUAAAAUGGGGAGCAAGUGGUGUUGUUAUGGGCACGAGAUUUUUAGCUACACCUGAAGUAUAUUAUACCGACGCAGCUAAAUACAGGAUCAUUGCAGCACAGUAUGCAUAA